GUCCUCUCCUCUCCUUAUCCAAAAAGUCUAAACAAAUGGCUCAAAUCUCUCUCUCACUCUGAAGAAGAAGCAGCGGCAGAGCUGUAGUUUCCUCUCUUUCUCUGUUUCCUCCAAAGCCUAGUUCGGCUCCUCGCCUAAAUUAAGAGAUAUUUCUUAUUUCAUAAUCAUUUUCUCACAUAUUCUCACAUAUUCUCUGUUACUUUUUUUUUUUUUUUUUAGAUUCUUUGUUACCAUUUUUUUUUUUUUUUAAGAUUUUAGUUCAAAGUUUGUUUGGCAUAAAAAAAGUUUGAGGGUGUUCCUCAUUUUUUUUUUUUAAGGGUAGAUAAAUAAAAAAUUUUAAAUUAUUACAUAUAAUUUUUUUUGUCUUCAGAGGUCAGGGUGUUCCUGGGAACACCCUGAACCAAACGUAGCGUCGCCACUUCACAUCUUUGGUCUUUUACCUUCUCCUCCUCUUUUUACAUCUUCUUAAUCUUUCUCAUACCAAUGGCUUCCUCUUCUUCUUCUUUUUCUUCUAUUUCUUCCACUCACCAAUGGAAUUAUGAUGUUUUUUUAAGCUUUAGAGGUGAAGAUACCCGCGAUGAUUUUACAAGCCAUUUACAUAAUACUUUUUGUGACAAGGGUUUUGACACCUUCGUUGAUAAUGACCUUCCAAGAGGAGGAGAAAUUUCAAUUGAACUUCUUGAAGCCAUUGAAUCAUCAAAAGUUUCAAUCAUUGUGUUCUCUGAAAACUAUGCUUCUUCUACUUGGUGUUUGGAUGAACUUGUCAAGAUUCUUGAGUGUAAAAAAAAUAUUGGCCAAUUAGUUGUACCUGUUUUUUACAAAGUGGAUCCAUCAGAAGUACGUGGUCAAAAGAGAGAGUUUGGGGUGGCCUUAACAGAACAUGAAGAAAAAUUCAAAAAUAAUAUUGACAAGGUGCAGAAUUGGAGAAUGGCUUUAAAGGAAGUUAGUGGUUUGUCUGGAUGGCACUAUAAGAAUGGUGACACUGAAGCUAAAUUUAUCCAAACAAUUGUUGAAAAUAUACCAAAAUACACGCCAAUACCUGUUGAAAAAUACCUUGUUGGAGUAAAACCUCGUGCCAAGGAUGUAGAAUCGCUUUUAAGUAUGGAGUUAGAUGAAGUUCGCAUAGUAGUGAUUCAUGGCCUUCCUGGAAUAGGCAAGACUACAAUUGCAAAAGCAGUUUAUAACAGAAUUGCUAAAUAUUUUCAUCGAAGCAGUUUUUUAGAGUGUGUUAGAGAAACUUCGAAGACGGAGGAGGGCAUUAUCAAACUACAACGUCAACUUCUUAAAGAGAUUUUAGGGGAUGAAAAAUUGAAAAUUCACAGCACAUCCAAAGUAAUCAAAUUGAUAAAAAAUAGACUUCGUAGUAAAAAUGUUCUUUUAGUUCUUGAUGAUGUGGAUAAAUUGAAAAGAAUAGAAAAAUUGUUUGGAGAUUUUAAUUGGUUUACUUCAAGAAGCAGAGUCAUUAUAACAACAGCAGCAGAUCCACAAUUGUUAGAUCCUCUUGGAAAAGUUUAUACAACUUAUGAGGUCAAGGAAUUAGACAAACAUGAAGCUCUUCAACUCUUUCAAAAACAUGCCUUCCCUGGAAAGAAACCCAAUGAAGAUUAUUUUGAACUUACAAACCAAGUUAUACAGUAUGCCCAAGGCCUUCCACUCGCUGUUGUAAUAAUAGCUCGUGAUUUGUGUGGAAAAACUAAACCUAAAUGGGAAAGUGCAUUACAUAAGUAUAACGAAAUUCCCAAUAAAGACAUUCAACAAGUACUUGAAGUAAGUUAUUAUGGACUGGAUGGAAACGAACAAGAUAUUUUCCUCGAUAUUGCAUGUUUCUUCAAGGGAUGGACCAAGGAUUAUGUUGUAGAUAUAUUAAAUGGUUGUGAUUUAUUUGCAGAUGAUGGUAUUCCAAGACUUGUUGAUAAAUGUCUCAUUACUGUGGAUCGUUAUGGUAAAUUGUUAAUGCAUGACCUAAUACAAAAAAUGGGUAGGGAAGUUGUUCGACAAGAAUCUACACAUAUUCUUGGAAAACGUAGCAGGUUAUGGCAUCAUAAAGAUGCUCUUGAAGUACUAAUUGGAAAUAAGGGAUCAGACAAAAUUCGAGGUAUAAUAUUGCAUUCACCUCGAUCGGUAAAGGUGCCACUACACACUCAAGCUUUCAAAAGGAUGACAAAUCUCAGGAUACUUAUUGUUAAAAACUUACAUAUUUGUAAAGCAAUUCAAUAUUUUCCCAACGGGAUAAGAUUUCUUAGUUGGCCUGAAUAUCCAUUUCCCUUGCCAUCCAACUAUUAUCCUCAACAACUUGUUAGUCUCGAUAUGCCAUGUAGUCGCAUUGGGUUGGAACAGCUAUGCAAUCAGGAGUUCCAGUUAGAAAAUAUGAAACAUCUCAAUCUCAGUGGUUGUAAAUUUAUAACCAAAUUACCUGCUUUAUGCACCCCAAACUUGGAGACAUUGAAUCUUUCUGAUUGUGAAAAUUUAGUUAAGAUUCAGGGGUCGGGUGAAUUUCUUCAUAAGCUUAAAAGGUGGAAUCUUGAUUAUUGCAAAAAACUUCAAAAUAUUCCAAACAACCUCAUGUUGACAUCUCUUGAAGUUCUUGAGGAAUUAACCCUUUAUAAAUGCAAAAACCUUCGGGAUCUUCCAGAUGGCAUUUAUAAAUUGCAACAGCUUCAGAAGUUGAAGACUCCUACUGCCAAAUUGAGACCGACAUGCAAUUCUUUUGAUAGCUCCUCCGGUUAUGGGUUUCUGAAGUUGAGAAGACUGGUUUUCAGUUACAAUACAAGCAUAAUUGAAUUAGAUCUUUUGAUGAAGCCAGAUUACUUCCCCGCAUUGGAAGGUCUACAUCUAUCUAAAACCAAUAUUAUUACCAUCCCCGAAAGCAUUAGCAGAUUUCCUAGAUUAUUGAUGCUUGAUAUUGAGAAUUGCAAGCACCUUCGUGAAGUUCAAGGACUUCCACAAUCGAUAGGUAUGGUUUAUGCAGAAAAUUGCCCGUUGUUGGAUUACGAAUCACCAAGUGGGCUAAUGAAUCAGGUAAUAGAAAUUAUGGGGAUUUUACCGAAUGGAGUAUGUGGUAAUGCAAGAAGCAAUGAAUUAAUGGAUCCACAGUUCACCGAUCGCUUCCCAUCUGAAACCGAGGGUGCUCAAUCUGAAUCUGAAUCUGAAGAUGAGGCGAUUACUCUUAGGGUAUCGGGAACUGAGAUUCCAUGGUUCAAUCAUCAAAGUGUUGAAAGUAAUUCCAUAUUGUUCUGGGUUGGUCGCAAAUUUCCAAAAUUGGCUCUCUAUUUUGCUUUUGGAACAGUUUCCAUCGCCUGUGUUUGCCAUGUUGACAUUUCCAUCAAUGGUUGUAAAAAAAGUGAGGGUCUGGACCAAUUUCGAAUUGAUAAUAAUCUUCUGCGCUUAUAUUUUCUACCUCAACGGCUUCUGCAGUAUCAUUUGAAUAAAUCAAAUCCAACUGACCAGAAUUAUGUUGAGAUUACAUAUGAAACCCGUGGGCAUGUUGGUCAACCCAAUGCAGAGCCACCAAUAAAAGCCACAAGGUGGGGGGUCCACGUAGAGUGCAUCUGUCCUCCUCAAGAAUAUGGUAUACCUAACUUACCCCUUCUAACUGCUGGACAAGAUGAUGAUGAUGUUGAUUACUGGAGCGAGUUGCCAUUUUAUGGAUCUGAUGAUUUGGAAGCAGAAGAAGAAGAAUAUCAGUCUCCUCUGGUCCUUAAUGACACAUCUAGGUCCUGCAUGAGUUGGCUAGUUGGCCCAACCACCAUGGUUUUUUCGAUUUUGCUGCUCAGAAGAUUCUUGAUGAAACCAAGGACAUUUUGAUGAGCUCUGAAGGAAUAUGCCUCAAUCAAAAAAUUACAUUGAAACUGUUUCUCCUCUGUCAUUUCUUUUGCAUUUCAUGCCAAGUUGACUGGGAUGGUUGCAGUUAAAGUCACUGGAACAUUUGAUAUAGUGAGGAUGGCAGGGCCAUGACUUCAUUAUUGUUAGGAUGGCAACUGUAGAGGCUGUUAUAACUCUUUUAUUCCAUAAGUUUUCGAGUUUAAAAUUAUCUUUCUAUCCUUUAGGAUCCUCUAUCCGCAUUUUAUAGCCAAUUCUUUAAAGCUCAAACUAAAUCUUCAAAGUAGUUACAAGUCACACUUUUUUCCAUUAGAUUACAAGACAAGCAUUAACAGGAAAGUUCCAAUUUCAAGUCAGUCUUAUGCAAGUAGAAAGGAUAGUCAGAAAAUGAAAAUAAGCAUUUAAUAGGUUAACCC